AUGGUUUGGAUAAUUUUGAUAGCUUUUCAGCUUGUGCUCGUCACAUCAAACCAAUUCUAUAACCCUUCAGAACAAUUGACCGAAAUCAAAGGCAAAAAGCAGUAUCAGAAUCGGUCACCAGCAGACUCUGGAAGAUCACAAACCCAAGACAGCCUAAAUAGAGGAAACCAGAAUCAAAAUUUCUCACCAAUUGACUCUGGCUCAUUCAAAAAUCCAAAUGAGGCAGUUACGGACUCAAGAAAAGUGCAGGGUCCCAACAAAUCUCCAAUAAACCAAAUUCCAAAUGGAGGAUCAGCAGAAUAUAGAACGAGCCAAAAUCCUUAUGGCUUUCCAAAUAGCAUGAACGACCUUGGAAGAAGUAUAAAGGAUUUAAACAAUUCAUCACCGGCAGAAAGGAAGCUUCAAGAAAACGGUUGCAAUCAAGAUCAAUACCUUGACAGCGGAACUGGGAGUUGCACUGAGUGCCAUACGAAGUUCCCAAAAUGCUGGUCAUGCGAUGAAACAGCGUGCAAUUAUUGCAUUUUAGGCAAUCUCAAUGCUGAUGGAACAUGCACUGCAUGCCCAGAGGGUUGCGCUACUUGUAGCCAGACAGGCUGUAUUAGCUGCUAUGAUCAUUAUUAUAUGGACCCUGAUGGUGAGUGCUUACCAUGUGAUAUGUACUGUGAGAAAUGUAACGCGACUUCUUGCAUUAAAUGCUAUGAUAGAUAUUUUUUGAAUGAGUUUUCUUACUGCACUAAUUGCCUUUCAGCAUUUCCUUAUUGUCAAGAAUGUGACAUAUCAGGCUGUCAAGUCUGCUAUGCAGGGUAUCAUUUAGAUUCAAAUGGCAAUGAUGGGUUUGCUAAUUGCACUCGCUGCUCUUCAACUUUUCAACAUUGUGAUACAUGUGACAAAUCAGGCUGUCAAGUCUGCCUCAAUGGGUAUUAUGUAGCUCCAGACGGCAAAUGCAACACGUGCGAUAAAAAUUGUCUUGAAUGCAACAUUUUGAGGCAAUGUAUACGGUGCGAUUCACUCUUUUAUCUAGAUAGCAAUUAUAAAUGCCAGCCUUGUUCAAGUAAUUGCACCUAUUGCGAUCAAAGAGGCUGCGGUAGCUGCCAAAGGGGCUACUACCUGGACUUUGACAAUUUUGUAUGCAGCAAAUGCCCUGAUCAUUGCCAAGACUGCCAGGCAAAUCCAAGUGUAUGCGCAUAUUGUGAUGGUGGUUAUUAUUGAAGCUCUGAGGGUAAAUGCAAGCUGUGCUCUGAGAAGUUUGGUGACUUAUGCAGUAUUUGCGAUGAGACGGGGUGCCUUAGCUGUGAUUAUAACUCUAUCCCCAACUCUAACGGUACUUGCAUAUCCUGCUCAGAAGUUUAUGAAGGCUGUAGAUACUGCAAUAUGGACUACUGCAUGGAUUGUGAUUAUAGCUAUUACAGAGACAGCGAUGGAAAAUGCAAACCAUGCACUCCAGGCUGCAGACAGUGCAUCGAUUCAACGUCUUGUAUGAAUUGUGAAUAUAUGAGUACACCAUAUUCUGACGGAACUUGCGAAAAACUCAGUGAUGAAGGCAUCUAUUUAAAUGCCCUUACAAAUACUUACGGGUUUUGUUCGCAUGGAUGCAGAGAUUGCAAUAAUUCUACGAGCUGCAACAAAUGCUGAAUUUCAGGGAUGAUUAACAAUGGAGACGGAACCUGUUCUUGCCGGUCUAAUUCUUAUGUCUUUGGGAACGGCUUUUAUUGCCAGCCUUGCUCUGAUUGGGGUUGUAAAACCUGUAAAAUUGUAAGCUUGACGGAGAAUAAUGUUUGGGUCAAAUGUAUUGAGCCGGUAUCAGAAAUUAAGUGCUCAGAUCGAAAAAAUAUGAUAGAAAAUAUUUUUGGGCAGUGUGAGUGUGCUCCUGGGUAUGGAUUUGACUACUCAUCCCCAAGGAUUUGCCAGUCUUGCCCAUCUGGAUGUGCAGUUUGCAAUACUGACUUAUAUAUAUGUGAUGCUUGCUAUGAUCCUUACUAUAUGAUAAAAAGUUAUGGAACAUGCUCUUGCAUCGGAAAUAUGACAUAUAACCCAUCUACAUUUCGCUGUGAGAAUUCAGCUUCAGAGAAUUCAACAGCUAAUUGUGCAGAAUAUGGAACUUCAGGGUGCUCUAAAUGUGAGCAAGGGCAUUUUCUUUAUGAUAAUUCUGGAGUCUUAGAAUGUUUAUGUAAGAUUUUAUUUAGCUUGUUCUGAGUCCUGUAAUAGCUGCGAUCCUCACCCUGGGUGCUAUUUGUGUGGGACAACUGUAGAAAAAGAGUCAUCAACCUGCACUUCUGACAACUCAGUAGGGUACUUGACGAGCUUUGAAGAUGGCAAUUUGAUCCUUGACUUUGCGUAUGAUCUCCCAGAGCCGCUGAGUCUUAAAGAAAUUAUUAUAAAGAGUCCAGGGAAUUAUGAUACCUCGUCAUGGCGCAUGACCCAAAUUACUCCAAGACAAUACAUGAUUACUACUAAUCUUCAAGACAGUGAUCUCCCAAUCGACGUCAGAUUCAAGUUUAACCGUGGUUAG